AUGGAGCCUGAAAUAAACUGCUCUGAAUUGUGUGACAGUUUUCCUGUCCAGGAGCUAGAUCAGAGACCCCUUCAUGAUCUCUGCAGGAAAACAAUUACCUCUUCCCACCACAGCAGUAAAACCAUCUCUUCAUUAUCUCCUGUCCUCUUGGGUAUUGUUUGGACUUUUCUCAGCUGUGGACUUCUUCUGAUACUCUUCUUUCUUGCCUUCACAAUUCGCUGCAGGAAGAACAGGAUUGUGAAGAUGUCCAGUCCUAAUCUGAACAUUGUGACCUUACUGGGCAGUUGUCUGACUUACAGCAGUGCUUACCUCUUUGGGAUUCAAGAUGUUUUAGUGGGGAGCUCAAUGGAAACCCUCAUUCAGAUCAGACUGUCCAUGCUGUGCAUUGGGACCUCACUUGUGUUUGGCCCCAUUCUGGGGAAGAGCUGGCGACUCUACAAGGUGUUUACCCAGAGGGUCCCGGACAAAAGAGUGAUUAUCAAAGACCUGCAGUUGCUGGGGUUGGUGGCAGCCCUGGUGAUGGCUGAUGUGAUCCUGCUCAUGACAUGGGUGCUGACUGAUCCCAUCCAGUGCCUCCAGAUCCUCGGUGUCAGUAUGACGGCGACAGGGAGAGACGUGUCCUGCUCCUUGACCAGCACCCACUUCUGUGCUUCCCGGUAUUCUGAUGCCUGGAUUGCUCUCGUUUGGGGAUGCAAGGGUCUGCUCCUGCUGUAUGGUGCCUACCUGGCUGGCCUGACUGACCACGUGAGCUCUCCUCCUGUGAAUCAGUCCUCAACCAUCAUGGUUGGGGUCAACCUGCUGGUACUGGCUGCUGGACUGCUUUUUGUCGUCACCAGAUACUUGAACUCCUGGCCCAACCUGGUCUUUGGACUCACGUCUGGAGGCAUCUUUGUUUGCACAACCACAAUCAACUGCUUCAUCUUCAUUCCCCAGCUGAAGCAAUGGAAGGCAUUUGAAGAGGAAAACCAAACAAUCAGACACAUGGCCAAAUAUUUCAGCACUCCCAGCAAAAGCUUCCAUACCCAGUAUGGUGAGGAACAGAACUGCCACACGAGAGGAGAGAAAAGCUCCAUGGAGAGGCUCCUCACAGAAAAAAAUGCUGUGAUUGAAAGCCUGCAGGAACAAGUAAACAACGCCAAAGAGAAGCUAGUGAGGCUGAUGUCAGCUGAGUGCACAUAUGACCACCCAGAGUGGGCUGUCCCACCUGCCUCUUCCCAGAGCAAGGACAUCCAGGCUGCAGCCUCUGCCCGUGGUCUAGCAGCUCAGGGGCCUCCAGAAUGCCUCUCUGGCUCUCAGAAUGAUACCAGCAUGGCUGCCCAGGACUCCCAGCAUACCUCAGUGCCCUCCUCACAGAUGCAAAACCUUGAUGGGCCUGUGAAGGACACUGGCACCUCCCCAGGGCAGAAAGAAAAGAUAUCUGACUUGAAGGACUUUUCUGAUCAUUUGGACUCAGGUUGUAGCCCGAAGCCACAGGCUGAGAAAAGCCAGGGUCUAAAAAGAGGAGACCAGGAAUCCAUGGCCCCCAACUGGAGUCUAAUACUAGGCAGUGGGGGCUCUGAUCCUCAGAGACAGAGGCAGCCAGAGAACUCAGAGGAGCCCCCAGAGCGGCUACCAAGGGUCAAUUCAGUGAUCAGGGAGAAGCUUCAGGAAGUCUUACAAGAUCUGGGCCUGGGCCCUGAGGCUCCCCUCUCUUCUGCCCCAUCUUGUCCCCAGCAGUCCUGGAAGAGCAGUGCUGCCCACAGCCCCCAGAAGGAGCUGGGCUUCAGCCCAUACAUGGUGAGGCGAAGGCGGGCAGCUCCACGGGCUCGCUCACACUUUCUUGGCUCUGUACCCUCUUCUGUGGGGCAUCGGGCAAACAGGACUGUUUCUAGGGCACACAGUGGGUUGAAUGUGCAGAAUGGGGACAGCCCCAGCCUGGACUCCCAAAUUGCUGAUUCCAGGAUACCAAGACCCUCCUGCCAGAAGCCGUCACUGCUCCCAGAUCCUCAAGGCAGGCUGGGCGUCCUGGAGGGCAGCAAACAAGGCCAGACAAAGCUGCAGGGGGUUGGAGGGAGCCACACAGCCCUUUCUCACCAGCCUUCUGCUUCUGGCCGGGCACAAAGUUCCCCAGCCCCAUCCCUACCAGCCUCACUAGACCUCUCUGAGCAGCAGCAGCUGUGGCCCCCAAUGUCCCCAGGCUACCCCUCUCUGUCUUCUUCUCGGUGCAACUACCUUGACACUGAAUCCAGCAGCUCAGAUGAGUUCUUCUGCCACUGCCACCGGCCCUACUGUGAAAUCUGCUUCCAGAGCUCCUCUGAUUCCAGUGACAGUGGGACAUCAGACACUGACCCCGAGCCUGCUGCAGGGUUGGCUUCCUGGGGAAAGCUGUGGGCCCGCUCCAAGCCUAUAGUGAACUUCAAAGAUGACUUGAAACCCACGCUGGUGUGA